CAGGACGGCCCCCGUCGGCUUCCGUCCCAGAUGAUCCGUCCCCGACGAGGCCCCCCACCCGCUUCUCUCCUCGGCUGCCUCCUUCAUCGCCAGCCGACGCUGGUGGCGUAGCCGGGUCUUGUUCGGGAGCCAGGUCAGCUGCCGCGGAAUCGACGCCGCCGCGCUGGGUGUGAGCGGAAGCCUGUCAGCGAGGAAGAAGGAGCCAUGGGGAAAGCGGCCUGCCGCCCCUUCUGAGCCUUAGUAGGAGUAGCGCCGCCUCCCCCGGCCCGGUGCGCUCGCGCUGCUGGAGUCAUGGACAAAGCCGUCGGUGGCCAGAAUGUGAAACUGUCUGCUGAAGUUGAACCAUUUAUUCCUCAGAAGAAGAAUCCAGAUUCACUUAUGAUGCCUAUGGCUGUGCCUAAUGAUAGUGGAGGUGUUAAUGGCAUAGAACCAGCUCCUAUUCCCAGCUACCUGAUUACUUGCUACCCAUUUGUUCAGGAAAACCAAUCUAAUAGACAACUUCCACUGUAUAAUAAUGACAUCAGAUGGCAACAACCUAACCCAAACACUGCUGGGCCGUACCUGGCUUAUCCCAUUAUAUCUGCUCAGCCUCCUGUUUCUACAGAGUAUACCUAUUACCAGUUGAUGCCAGCACCCUGUGCUCAGGUCAUGGGCUUCUAUCCAUUCCCAGCUCCUUACUCUGCACCCUUUCAGACAGCAAGUGCCAUAAAUACAGUGACAGCAGAAUGCACGGAUCGUCCAACUCAGCCAAAUCAGGCCUUUCCAUUAUGUACCCAGCGGAGUAGAAGCACCAACAGGGGACCAAUUAUGCAAAAACAGCCUUCACAGACUCACAUAAAAAACAAAAGGCCUCCAGUCAAAAGUGUUGCUACUCAGAAGGAGACCAGUGCGUCAGGCCCUGAGAGCAGACCCAAAAUUGUACUACUUGUGGAUGCUUGUCAACAAACAGACUUUCCUUCAGAGAUAGCAAGCAAAUCGCUCUCUGAGAGUGUAAGUACAGCACACUGGAAACCAAAAAGCAGGCGCCGAAGAACCUCCCACCCUGCAGAAUCCUCUAGUGAGCAAGGGGCGAGUGAAGCAGAUAUUGAUAGUGAUAGUGGCUACUGCAGUCCCAAGCACAGCAACCAAGCUGCGGCUGCUACCUCAAGGAGCACCGAAUCUGCUGCAGCAAAUAUCAUGGAAACAUCAGUACACCCAGCUGGUGCCAGUUGGACAAGUGUCAGUUCCCAAGCAACUCAAAAAAAGCCUUGGAUAGAGAGAGCACCAACUUUCUCAAGAGGUGGAAGGCAACCUGAGCAGCACAGUAGUUCAAAGCCUGCUUUUAGAUGUAGGGGGCACAGCACAUCUUCCGAAAGAAGACAGAACUUGCAGAGGAAGCCAGAGAAGUCUGAAGCUACAAGUCAGCCAAACAGGACAGAGCAGAGUCCUGAACCUCUCUAUUUUGAGGAUGAAGAAGAAUUUCCAGAGUUAAACAGUGACAGUGGAAAUUAUAAAGGUGGCAAUAUGCAGCUGAAACAUGCACCUAAAGUGCUGGAUGAUUUACCUGAAAAUUCUCCAAUCAACAUAGUACAGACACCAAUUCCAAUCACCACUUCUGUUCCCAAACGGGCAAAAAGUCAAAAGAAGAAAGCUCUGGCAGCAGCUCUAGCCACAGCUCAAGAGUACUCAGAAAUUAGUAUGGAGCAGAGGAAACUCCAGGAAGCAGUUUCAAAAGCAGCUGGGAAGAAGAGCAAAACACCUGUUCAGUUAGACUUGGGGGACAUGCUAGCUGCUCUUGAAAAACAGCAGCAGGCUAUGAAAGCUCGCCAGAUCACGAAUACCAGACCCCUCUCCUACACAGUUGGCAGUGCAGCUCCUUUUCACACCAAGGAGUCAGCCAACCGAAAAUCCUUAACUAAAGGACAGUCAUCACUGGGUUGCCUUAAUCCUUUGGAUUCCACUGCUCCAAAAGUGAAACGAGGAAAAGAGAGAGAACUCUCAAAGCUGAAGCGUCCUACAGCACUUAAAAAGAUUAUCUUGAAAGAAAGAGAGGAAAAGAAGGGGCGCCUAUCUGUGGAUCAUAGUCUUCUAGGAGCUGAUGAAGAAGAGGUGAAUCUGAACCUGGCUUCUAACCCAUCAGAAGAACUAGCAUCUCAAGAAGAAGCUGGCCUGAGUGUCCCAAGUGACACCUCGCUGUCUCCAGCAAGCCAGAAUUCUCCCUACUGCAUGACUCCGGUAUCCCAAGGCUCACCUGCCAGUUCAGGGAUAGGCAGUCCAAUGGCAUCUUCAACUAUAACGAAAAUUCACAGCAAGCGGUUCAGAGAGUACUGCAAUCAAGUUCUCAGUAAAGAAAUCGACGAGUGUGUGACUCUCCUGUUACAAGAGCUUGUCAGCUUCCAAGAACGGAUUUACCAAAAGGACCCCAUGAGAGCUAAAGCAAAGAGAAGGCUUGUGAUGGGCCUGCGUGAGGUUACCAAGCAUAUGAAGUUAAACAAGAUCAAGUGUGUCAUCAUUUCUCCCAACUGUGAGAAAAUCCAGUCAAAAGGUGGACUAGAUGAAGCUCUGUACAACGUAAUAGAUAUGGCACGGGAGCAAGAAAUCCCUUUCGUCUUUGCCCUUGGACGUAAAGCUCUGGGUCGCUGUGUGAAUAAGCUGGUUCCAGUUAGCGUGGUGGGAAUCUUCAACUAUUCUGGGGCUGAGAACCUCUUCAAUAAAUUGGUGUCGCUGACGGAGGAGGCCAGGAAAGCCUACCGAGACAUGGUUGCUGCGAUGGAGCAAGAACAGGAAGAGGCCUUGAAGAACAUUAAGAAGGUACCCCACCAUAUGGGGCAUUCUCGGAAUCCUUCUGCAGCAAGCGCCAUUUCAUUCUGCAGUGUUAUUUCAGAGCCCAUUUCUGAAGUGAAUGAGAAGGAGUAUGAAACAAAUUGGAGGAGUAUGGUGGAAACCUCAGAUGGGUUGGAAACUUCUGAAAAUGAAAGAGAGGCUUCGUCUAAGGUGGCUGAUCCUGAAAAACCUGGGAACUGCAAGGCCGCUGCUACUAAGCAGUUAUCUCUAGGUGGGAUCGUCACGGUCACAGCGCAGGGAAAGGCACUUAGUGGCAAAGAGGAGGUGAAGCCAGAUGAUAAUCUGGAAUGGGCCUCACAACAGAGCACGGAUACAGGAUCAUUGGAUGGCAGUUGCAGGGAUAUUUUGAACUCCUCCAUGACCAGUACAACCAGUACCCUUGUCCCAGGAAUGCUUGAAGAAGAGGAUGAUGAGGAGGAGGAGGAUGACGACGACUACACCCAUGAACCUAUCUCUGAAGAAGUUCAGCUCAACAGCCGAAUUGAAUCUUGGGUCUCUGAGACUCAACGGACUAUGGAAACACUGCAGCUUGGAAAGAGCCUUAGUGGUGCAGAGGAGGAAAACAUUGAACAAAGCGAGGAUGAAGAACUAGAAAAUCCUGAGCAAGUCGAUUCAGUCAUUGACAGUGAGGAAUGGACCACGGAUAAGCAUGCAAGCCACACCCCACAGAAGCCCCCUGUCUGCAGUUCCGUGGAUGCAAAGCGUACAGACUCAAAUUAUAUACCAUAAAUUCAAGCACAAACUCAGGAAACUUUAAUAUUUUAAAACUAACUGUUGUAAGGAUUGCAGCCAUUGCUUUUUGUGCUUCAUCUCAGCAUUUUGCACUGUCUAACGUUUAAUAUGCAUAUUUAAUUCACAACAUAAAUAUUUUUUGUAGCAGUCUUUAUUACUUUUUCCAUUAAGAACUAGAGUGUCCGUGUGUGUGUGUGUGUGUGUGUGUGUAAUAAUUAUUUAUAUAUUUCGCAGAACAGACAAUGUAUGCUGAAACUGUCCAUAGGCAUCUUUUUGUAGAAGAAAACUAUUUCAAAUGACCAUUUUUAUGCAAAAUUUAUUCUCAACCUACAACUUUAAAAUUCUUACACUUUUUAAUGGCAAUAGUGAGCUAUAUUUGCUCUGUCAUUAUCUUAUCUUGAAAGUAUUUGGCCUUAGUGUUCCAGAAAUUGGGCCAGAAAUAAUCUUUUGGGGGACUUGAAAGAUGUCUAUAAUGAGAUGAGAAUCCUUACAAAAGUGUUGGAAAGAUUAACCAGUAAUUUAAGUUUAAUAGAUCUUCUUACUGGUUUCUUAGGAUACGUAUUUCAAAAAUGCAGUCUUGAAAUGCUGGCUAUAAUCAGCCGAAAUAAUUUGACAAGGCACUUUGGAGAAGAGGAAUCUCUUCCAGCUGACUACUUUAAUACUGUCACUGUGCCUGCAGACUGCAGCAAGCAAUCCAUUAACAGCAACUUUUCCUUGUUUGAUUUUCCUAACUUCACUGUUUUGACUGUUUCUUAGCUUUCACUUAUCUCAGGAAUACUACAAUGAAUUCGUAAAUGCCAUGUAAACACAAAAGCCCAAGUUAAAGAAUCAGAUACUGAACAUUCAGCAGAAAGUUUUAUGUGGACAUAGGGCCUCAGUUUAGUUAGAAAGUUAGGGAAGUUGUAUAUUAGCAUGUGAUAUUCAGAUCACCUUUUAGUUUUUAGGCUGGAAUCAGUCAUAAAAGUUAUGAGAAUGUGAAUUCAUCUGUUUUGUAUAGAUUUGUCCCUUUGGGAGCAGAUUUUCAUGACUGUUAGAUUAGAACUGACUGGGUAGGGGCCAAUCUGUUGAUUGAGUUGAAAAUUCAGACUACUUUACUGUUAAUAUUAAAAGUGAAAGGCUUGCCUAACUUUUGCUUGAACUCUUGAGUUUUCCAACUUUGUCCAUUGCAGAACAUUACUAAGUAUAUCCAGCUAAGCUGCAUUUUAAAAAAGAAUGGUGAAUGUAGAAUAAUUAACUGUCCAUUGAUAUUGCAAAAAGACAGGCUUUAUGGAAAACUUACUUUCCAGUGUUACAAAGUAUUUUGCAGUUAGAUUGUUCAUUCAUUAUGGGACCAAUAGCUUUAGCAUCUUCUACACUAGCCUUUUUAUAUUGUACAGAAAAAAAUAUCUUGCUGUCUUAAGAUCUAACAUUGUCAUCCAGUGCUAAGGAAUGUAGCAGAAAAGGCCAGUUUGAGUAUUUGUAUAAAUAGCUCCUUGGUAUGUGUGACACAGAACAUUCUAAGUAGAAAAAGUGUUGCGAGUUCCCAUAGGGCCACUGGCCUCCUAUCCUUUUGCGAGGCCCACAAGUUGGCAUCUCUACCCUUCCCUUCCUUCCCCUCCUGCCAUGUGCUAGUAACUCAAAUGGCUUGUUCUUGAUUAGGCACCCUUUGAAAUGCAAUUUUUUCAUGAACCUAGUUUGCCCUUUGCCACUUUAUGUGAAAGAAGGUAAGCACAUCCAUUUUUCUCAACUGUCCAUGUUUAAUUCAGUAAAGGCAUUCUAAUACUUCCCAGUUUGCAACCACUUGUGAACUUUCAUGUCUAAAAAUUUCAGCAGAUCUCAGGGUAAAUGGGUUAUCGGUGAAGGAAGCCAUCUUUGUGAAAUGUCUCUUCUGAUAAAUGGCAGCUGAACACUAAUUGGGAAUAGAAUGUCUGUCUGUAUGCUUCUGAAGUAUGUUAGAUUAUAUUCCAUAGGAGGUAGUUUUUUUUCUGAUGCAGAGGGAUAAAGUAUAUGUACAUCUGUUGUUUUCUGUAAUCAGCAUCCAUGAUACGAACCAUUUUGAUCAGUUACCUUUCAAGGUCAUGCUAGUUUGGGGUUCUUUAAGUAGCACAGUUUCUAUACUGCUAUAAACAGGCAGUUCUUACACUCCAAAAGGCUGUUUCUGUUACCAUACAGACAGAAGUUUAAGACAAGUUCAGCAAAUAUUUGCUCUUUUUAAAAACCUGUUUAGUAGAUGUUACUAGAGUUAAUGGCAGAAAGGAUGGGUGCAGGGGUGGGAGGAGUGUAUAAUGUUUAGAAUUUUCUUAAGCUAUUUGUUUGAGGUGACUAUGUAGAAAGUAUUUAUAAGGAUCUCCAGUAAUUGUAUUAAAAAAGCUUACCAUGGAAGAUGGAACACAAGGUGGGCUGAUGCACUUAGGCCUUGAGCAGGCCGAAGAAGAGUGUGGGGUUUGUAGGUUGCUAAUACAGUGCAUUAUUCUAAGUAUGUGUUAUGGUAACCAGUGAACCCUGUCGAAUAUAUUCUUUGCCUCCUCCUCUUGUCCCUCCCUGACUUAAAUUUUAAAUAGCAUGUACUUAAAGCUUGAUCAGUGACUGAUGCAGUGUUUGACCCACUGUUUUUAAGAUGGAAGAAAACAUGCCUUUGAUUAAUCACUUGUGAGUUUUAGAAACAACACUAGGAGAUACCUUGGAAGGUUCUUUGGGUGGUGGAUGUACACGGUGUAAUUGUGUCCAGCUCAUCAGCUGGAAGCUCUUCAACUUAAAAGCAUGGAGGCAAAAGUUCUUGUUUGAAAAGCUGCUGUUUGCUGAAAUUGUCAUAGCGGAAUUUUUUGUGUGAAGUUGUGCAGACUAAUCAAGAUAUUCAGUCAAUUUACCAGAUUUUAAUCAUUAAUUCAAUAUGAAGCCUUUGAAAAAUAAGUAUCAAAGCCAUAUGUGGAUAUUGUACAGCUUUAUGCCCAGUCCUACAGAAACAGUGAGAAAAUGUCUAAUACAAUCUUAAACAAUUAACAGUAAAAAAAAUUAUCAACAUGGCACAGCCCAAUUGUGGUUAAUGUAUUUUAAAAACUAUAAUAAAGUAAUGUCUGUUAAUCUUUGGUAUCUGUACACUUGUAACAGAAUUUGGUUUAAAAUAGAAAAUCAUUAUGAAAUUACUUCAUGAAAAGGUUCUGUCUGUGUUCUUCUUUUAUGAAGGAUAAUUCUGUCUACCCUACUUUUUGGAGUAAUAACAGCUUUUUGCACUAUGUAAAUACUAGUGGGGGUUCUUCCAUAAUGAAUAAAAUGAUUAUAAAUUA